CCGCGCAAGUGAUAAGAAAAGUUCAUGAAAGUUUAUGAGUUUUCAUGGUGACAGUGUUCACAACUAGCGACCAUGGCACCAUCAAGCGGCGACCUCGUGUACUAUUACGAUUCGUAUCGCGAUCGCCAGAACGAAGCGAAUCACCGCCACCGCUGGCUUUAACGGUGAAAAGGUUUUGCUACUCGGCAGAACCUGGGGAUACCAUAGCCACGACAAAAGAAGAAGAAUGGGUGACCCGCAAGAAGAGCGAGGUAACGACGACGCGUCAGAUCGCGACCCGGGUCAAGCGCGAGCUGCUGCUGGAGGACGGACGCAUCCUCAGCGACUCCGGGCCCAAGAUCUCCACCUCCGUCAAUGAGGACACGCAUACUACCAACUUCCAGCAAACUGAGCACCGGGUACCUGAUGACGAGAAGAUCGACGAAGAUGCAGCUCUCGGAGGGGUCGGCCACGCGUCCAUCGGCGUGAAGAUCGAUGAGCUGGACGGCCCCCGCGCCGUGGUCGGCGGCGAAGUGGCACCAGCCGGCGGCAAGGUGCUGGUCUCCUCACGGGUCGUCGCCAACCCUGACGGGAAGGUGCGAGAGAGCCGCGACCUCAAGGUGCUGACGAGGAACGUGACCGAACGAGUGAACGAGACGGAAGAGCGGUUCCAUAGGGGUGACACUACGCAUGAUGCCCUGAUCACAGCCGUGAACGAGACAGCCUCGGACGACAUCCGGGAUGCGCUGAGGGCGGAGACGGAGAGCCGCCUGGCGCUGUUGCCGCGCGGACCCACUGUAGUGAGGGACACCGUCGCUUACAAGACCACUGUUGACACUGAUGAUACGGAGGAGCUCCGCGCGCUGCGGGCGGACGGCACGCUGGUGACGGAGCGCAGACACACCAAGGAACAGGAGCUGUUGGGCGACCAGGAGCUGCCGGACGACGAGGCGGGAUCCCUAGCGAGUGACAAGAGCGCGGUGGAGGAGCGCAGCGGGCGCGAGCGCCGCAAGCACGUGGAGCUGGAACGGACCACCGACCACAUGGCGGGCGGCCGCCGCGUCGCCACGCACCUGCACUCCAGGACACGGACCGAAGAAGCUGAAAGAGAAGGGCAGCCAAUAAUGGACGAGGAUUGGGAUAGUUUGUCCGUGCGAAUGCGACGGCAGCGCCGCCUACGUCAUGCUGACGCGGACAAGGACUACAAGCGACCGCUCGACUUCGACAUCGAGGAGGAGACCCGCAAGAAGGAGACCUCCAAGUGGCUGGAGAGCCACUUCGGCAGCGAGUCCCGCUCCUCGCACGACUCCAUCGCCGACGAGCUCGCGCGCCGCCCCGAGCCCUUCUACGUGAAGACCAAGCCCGUGGACGACGAGGGCUACUACGGCAAGACCUCGUCCCCCGCGCCGCCGCCGCCCGUGUACGCGGACCGCGCGCUGCGCAAGACCAAGUCCUCCACGCCGCCCGGCGAGCCCGCCGCCCGCUCCGGCGCCUACUUCAAGGGCGUCGCGGACUGGUCGCAGCGCCGCGCCAGCAAGCCCAGGAUGCCGGAGCCGCGCAGCGCCUCGCCCUCGCCGCCCGCCGCGCGCUCGCCCUACGGCAGCCCGGACCGGCUCACGCCCUCGUCCCGGCUGGGCCCGGCCGGCCGCCGCGCGCCGCCCUCGCGCGACGACUCCGCCUACGUGUCGUCGUCCACCAUGCACAGCCCGCCGCGCGGCUCGCCCUUCCGCCCGCUCGAGACCGACCGCUCCUUCCGCGAGCCUUCCGUGGAGGACGACUACCGGCCGCCCGUCGCGCCCGAGCGCAAGCGGCACCUCAAGCAGCGCCUGUCCGAGGAGCACCGCUACGACAGCGGCUACCGGAGCUCGUCCCGGAACGAGAACUCGGGGCGCUCGCGGGACAGCCGCGACGAGGGCGCCGCCGAGCCGCCGCCGGACUACUCGCCGCCGCGGGAGCGCCGCGGGAGCUCGGACCGCGACCGCACGCCGCCGCCGCGCCGCCGCGACGACCGCAAGCAGCACCAGAAAACGCGUUUCGCGGCGGAGAGCGGGCGGCGCGCGUCGCCGGCGCGCAAGUCGAUGGGCUCGGCGAUAGGGAACUCGAUCAGGAAGCUGGUGGGCAAGAUCCGCUCGGCCUCGGCGGAGCGGCGCGCGCGCUGGCGGAGCUCCCGCUCGCCGUCGCCGGGCGAGGCGGCGCGCACGUACCGCGGCUACGGCGAGCCGGCGCCGCCCGCCCCCGCCCCCGCCACCCGCUACUACCUGGGCGAGGACCCGCUGGGGCCCAGCAUCUACGGCCGCGAGCACAAGUACGAGGCCAGUGCGAGGCGCGCCGCCGCCUCCGACGCCCGCGACCACAGAGACCGCGGCCAGUUCUCCAACACUCUCGGUCGGUUCAGCCACUCGACCAGCCGCCUGAACCCGAACGGAGAGAUCGAAGAGGAAUACAGCAGGAGCGCCCAGACCCUGCCGAGGAAGCUGCACGACCGCAAGGAGAAGGCAGAGAAGCCCAGCUCCAACAAGUACUGGCACCGCCUCACGCCCAGCAAGCGCUCAAACAGUGCCAUCAACGUGUCUCACCACGGCACCAGCACACCAGAAGGAAAGAUCAACGGACACCCGCCCGGACCUACCAAGCCGGCCCGGACCUACAAGGUCCUCAACAGGAGCAAGAGCUUUGCUAUGGGCGCACCUGAAGCCGAGGUGCACCCGCGUUACGUGUCAGGAAUGAGCCGCAACUACUCCACCAUGUAUAAAUCCAACCCCCACCUCAGCCGUCUGGACGAGACCCCAGAACAAUUAAAGAGUCCGGGCAUCGUCUCCAUAAUCAACCGAAGUCAACGGGAUCUGGCUGACGCAGUCUCCCGUGAGACGGAGCGCAGACGCGACGGUCUGUUCGGAGCUCGGUACGGAAAGACCACUCCAGUGACCAACGGACACUCCAACGGGUACAGCAAACACGAUGACACGGACAAGAAGAAGAUCUUCAUGAAAGGUCUUCGUGAAAGAGCACCGGAACUGUACCACACGCUUCACGCCGAUGACGAAUCCGACGGCAGUAGGCUCUCCUCUAGGUACGGCACUCCGUCGCCAGGAUUCAAAGACAGGCCCUCCGAAGAGAGGAAGACUCUUUACAAAACCGAGUCGCUAAACCGUGAUACUAGUCCAUUUGUGUCCCGCCUAGAAUCGCGUCUGAAGUCGCCGGCCAUUCGGCGAGGGAGCAACAGCAGUGACAACUACUCGGAGACCUACAGGUAUACCACCAGGUCGGGGGACCCGGAGCGGCCGAGCGUGACCGACACCGUGGAGACCGUCAGCAAGAAGAUCGUGCCCACGAGGGACGGCCGGGGCAAGGAGAUCAUCGAGUCCAGAGAAGUCAACUCUGUGACCAAGAGUCGCGGCUACAAAGACGGCGUGCCCAGUUUGAAGUACGUGGACACUGGCAUUCGCGCUUCCCCGCUUGGGUAUGAACCACGGAAUGGGUACACAGAAAAGAGAAGCAGUAACUACCGAGUGAUGGAGAAAAUUAGAGAUUAUUAAUGAAAUAUAAUUUAAUUAAAUUUUCGCACAUUGCCAUAUUUUCUAUUAUCGAAUUAUAAAAUUGAACAGAGUCAUAGUUAUGCAGACUGAAACACUCUAUAAUGCUUUAGAUAGUUAUAAAAUUAUCUAACUAGGUAUAAUUAAUUUCAUUUAUUAACACUUGUGUUAAUUUGUAAAUUAAUAUUAAAAUGUAAAAAGUCAUAGCUUUACUAAUUAUUGAAUUACGACAAUUAAUUCCGUCCACUGACUGUAAUAUUUUGAGAAAUUGUAUCUCCUUAGUUAUAGAACCCAUGUGAUAGAAUAAGUUCGCAUGGAUCAAAUAAAUAAAGACAAUAUUUUAAAUGUUGUAUCAUUACUAAGAAUUUAUUGUAGGUAAUACCUAAUCUUUUGUAAUAUUAAAAUAUACAUUCAUAUAAAAAAUAAAAGUAUUUAAUAAUACGCA